GAAAUUCCUUUCUCCUUUACCAAUUGAAACUCCAAACUCAAAACUUGCCGGAAGUCAUUCUUCUCCGCCCUCAAUCGACGACCAAGGGUCCGGUUUGAAUCCUCCUCCGACCUGAUAAAAAGCUAUAUAUUUCUUUCUAGCCAGGGAGGAAGGUGGGAUCUGGGUUUGAAGCCAAAGAGCAGAGAUAAUGAGUUACUUGUUGACGACGCUGACGAAGAAGAAAGAGAUAGACACCAUCAUCAGAGACACAAUCGACAAGGUCCUUGUCCUCCGCUUCGGCCGUCCCACCGACUCUCUCUGUCUCCAGCUCGACGACAUCCUCGCCAAAACGGCGCCUGUGCUAUCUAAGUUCGCAACUGUGGCUCUGGUUGAUAUUGAUUCCCCAGAUGUUCAGGUUUACGUCAAGUACUUCGACAUCACUCUCAUUCCUUCCACCGUUUUCUUCUUCAAUGCCCAUCACAUGAAAAUGGAUUCUGGGACUGCUGAUCACACUAAAUGGGUGGGGGCUUUUCACGAAAAGCAGGAUUUUGUUGACGUUGUUGAGGCAAUAUUUAGGGGGGCCAUGAAAGGCAAGCUGAUUGUAAAUUGCCCCUUGCCCCAAGAGAGAAUACCUAAAUAUCAGCUGCUUUACAAGGAUGUCUAGGAUAGGAAACUGUUGCAGCUCGAAAUUGUUGCUACUUAGUUCCAACGUAUCGCUCAAAGAAGAUAUUGACAUUAGCAUCUGCAAAAGCUGUAAAUUUAUUAUUAUUAUAUUUAUAGACAGUGGUAAGAACUUGGUUGUUCCUUAUAGAAAAGUAAGGUAGAGUUUGCGCUAAUAAUCAUUGAUAGAGAGACGAGACCUUUAUUAAUUAUAGAAUUCUCUAUCCCAUAAACAGUUUACAAUAUAUGGCAAUUCAUUCUAGAUAUCAAUUAUUUUGUCCCUCUUAUCAGAGUAACAAUUAUUUUUCAAGUCAAAUGAGUGGAACUGCAUCAUUUCAUGAUUUUCAGUAUGCAGCAUUACUUGAAA